AUGAGUCCUUGCGCAGUCCCAGUAUUGCUGGUGCCUAAGAAAGACAAAACAUGUCGUAUGUGUAUUGAUAGUAGGGAGAUGAACAAAAUUACUAUCAAAUACAGAUUUCCAAUUCCACAGUUGGAAGACAUGCUAGAUGUGUUGGAGGGUUCUAAGGUGUUUUUGAAGAUAAAUCUUCGAAGGUGGCUACCAUCAGAUUCGCAUCAAGUCGGGUUUGUUCAUGAUUCUAGCACCAUUAAUGCACCCGUCAUUGAGUGUUUAAAGCAAGGAAUGUUUCAAUGGGAUGAUGAGCAAGAGAAGAGCUUUGCCCUCAUUAAGCACAAGCUAUGCACCGCCCCAGUCCUAGCCCUUCCUAACUUUGAGAAGAUAUUCGAGGUCGAAUGUGAUACAAAUGGGGUGGGAGUAGGCCCUGAAGUUCCUCAACAGUUACAAAUCCGUGAGCAAGAUGCAUAUAAGGGCAACAAACUCUAUAUUUUUGAGACAUCCUUAAGGGAGAAGGUAAUUCGAGAUUUACAUGGAGGCAGCCUGAGUAGACACUUGGGAAGAGACAAAACAAUUGUUGGCAUGGUUGAGCAAUAUUAUUGGCCACAAUUCAAAAAGGACGUGGGAAAGAUCGUGCAAAAGUGUUACACUUGUCAAGUGUCUAAGGGUCAGGCUCUAAAUGCAGCUGGUCUUUGCCUGCCUUUGCUUGUGCUUAAUGAUAUUUGGCAGGACCUUUCCAUGGACUUCGUGUUGGGACUCACCAGUACAUAA